CGGCUCCCUCCCUCCGUUCCUCCGCCCCCCUCUCCACCAUGGCUACGUCGUUCGUGGGCGCCAUCGACCAGGGCACCACCAGCUCGCGCUUCAUCGCGUUCGACCACAGCGGCAACAUCGCGGCCACGCACCAGCUGGAGCACAAGCAGAUCUACCAGCAGCCGGGCUGGUGCGAGCACGACGCCGACGAGAUCACGCGCAACGUCGAGACCUGCGUGCGCGAGGCGCUGAGCAAGGGCGGCAUCGAGCUCUCGCAGCUGCAGGCCAUCGGCAUCACCAACCAGCGCGAGACGGCGCUCAUCUGGGACCGCGCGACGGGCAAGCCGCUCUACAACGCCAUCGUGUGGCACGACACGCGCACGACCGAGAUCGUGCACCGCCUCAAGAACGGCGAGGGCGAGGGCUUCCUGGGCACGGGCGCGGACCGCUUCCGCGCCGUGACGGGCCUGCCCAUCGCCACCUACUUCUCGGCCGUCAAGAUCAUGUGGAUGCUCGAGAACGUGCCCGGCCUGCGCGCCAAGGCCGAGGCGGGCGACGCGCUCUUCGGAAACAUGGACACGUGGCUCAUCUGGAAGCUCAGCGGCGGCGUGCACGGCGGCGUGCACGUGACCGACGUGACCAACGCCUCGCGCACGAACCUCAUGCGCCUAGACAACCUCCAGUGGGACGACGACAUCCUCAAGUGCCUCAACAUCCCCAAGGCGAUGCUGCCGAGCAUCCGCUCCAGCUCGGAAGUCUACGCUUCGGGCCACAAGGACAGCGUCGUGCCUGGCAUCCCCAUCUCGGGCGACCUCGGAGACCAGCAAGCUGCGUUGUUCGGCCAGACAUGUUUUUCGCCCGGCGAGGCCAAGAACACGUACGGCACGGGCUGUUUCUUCAUGAUGAACACGGGCACCAAGCCCACGCCCUCCACGAAGGGUCUGCUCACCACGAUGGGCUACAAGAUCGGCGACCAGCCUGCCGUGUAUGCGCUUGAGGGAUCGAUCUCGUACGCUGGCUCGCUCAUCCAGUGGCUGCGUGACAACCUCAAGAUGAUCAACAGUGCGCCGGAGGUCGAGGAGUACGCCAAGCAGGUCAAGGACAACGGCGGCGUGUACCUCGUGCCGGCGUUCUCCGGCCUGUUCGCGCCUCGCUGGCGCGACGACGCGCGUGGUGUCAUGGUCGGCCUGACCUCGUACGCUACUCGCGAGCACAUCUGCCGCGCUGCACUCGAGGCCACGGCGUUCCAGACGCAGGAGGUGGUGGCUGCCAUGGAGGGCGACAGUGGCGUGCACCUGACCAAGCUCAAGGUUGACGGCGGCAUGGUCGUGAACCAGACGCUGAUGCAGUUCCAGUCGGACGUGCUGAACGUGCCCGUGGUGCGCCCCGUGGUCGCCGAGACGACGGCGCUGGGUGCCGCUUACGCCGCUGGUCUGGCCGUGGGCUUCUGGAAAACGGUGGAGGAGCUGCGCGAAAACUGGCAGGUGAGCGCCACGUGGAACCCGGACAUGGAGCCCGAGAAGCGCGGCCACUUCAUCCACCAGUGGAACAAGGCCGUGGAGCGCACGCUCAACUGGGAGGAGCAGGAAUGAAUCGC